UGUUGAGGUAGAUGGUCUGGUCAGUUGAUAUUUGCCAUUCACCAGUGAAGGAGUGCCAUAAACUUUUAGUAGGAUUUAUAUUAGAAUUAAGACUGAACUAUGGGAGCUUUAGUUAAUCAAUUCUUUGCAGCAAUUUGCGCUAAUAUCGCAUCAUUAGUUUAUGGUUUGGCAGUAGGAUGGGUUUCACCGACCCUUCCUCAUCUUCUGGGCAAUAAUAGCCCACUAUCAAGUGGGUCAAUAACAACAGAAGAAGCCUCUUGGAUUAGUUCCCUCCUCUAUAUUGGUGGCUCAGUGGGAACCCUAAUUUUUGGAUGGCUCGCAGACAAAAUAGGAAGGAAGUGGGCCCUAUAUAUUGGCACAAUACCCCACAUUAUAGCAUUCCUCCUUAUCAUGUUCGCACAAAAUGUUAUCUAUCUGUAUGUAUCGCGAUUCUUGAGCGGAAUCGCUGGUGGUGCUCUUUUUUGUGUCUUACCAAUCUACGUAUCGGAAAUCUCUGAAAAUAGAAUACGCGGCGUUCUGGGCUUCUUUGUGGGCAAUCUCGUUAACCUUGGCAUCCUCAUUGGGUACAUCGUUGGAACUUUUGUUCACUUCACCGAAUACCCGUAUAUUGUUCUCGGGUUUCUUGGCAUAUUUGUUGUUGUAUUUGGGCUCCUUCCAGAAACACCACAAUACCUCUUGAUGAAGAAUAAAGUCGAAGCGGCGGAAGAUUCCCUAAAAUUCUUCCGAGGCUUCCAAGGAAAGCAGAAAGAUUACGUGGAUGAAGCAUUCAAAGAGGAAUUUGCACGCCUUCAGAAUUCAAGUGGCAAAAUUUCCGAUGCGACUCCACUUUCAUGGGAAGAUUUCAAGCCUUUGAGUACUCGCAAAGGACUCAUAAUAAGCUUCGCCCUACUCUGUGGAAGGAAUUUCUGUGGCCUCUUCCCAUUAAUCACCUUCACUGGAAUGGUAUUUGAGGAAGCAGGUUCAUCACUUUCCCCGAAUAUCUCUGCAAUAAUUGCCGGUGUGAUUAUGUGUGGAGGAGGUCUCUCCUCGACCUUCCUCAUCGAUAGAGCUGGAAGAAAAAUUCUGCUUCUCAUAUCCUCCGCGGGAACGGGAGUCUUCCUCUUCGCACUGGGGGUGCACUUCUUCCUGAAGGAGCAUGGAGUUGAUAUGACACCCCAUGGAUGGCUGCCUAUGGUUUCCUUCUCAGCAGCAAUCUUCAUUGGAAGUUGGGGUCUCCUCGUUAUCCCCUUCUUCGUCAUGGCUGAGAUUCUUCCCACAAAAGUUCGUAGCUUCUCAGCUACGGUUUUCAUGAUUAUCCAGUGGCCUAUAACUUUCCUCCUUGUCAAGUAUUUCAUUAUCAUUGGCUACGAUUAUGGGUGGCAUACCUGCAUAUGGUUCUUUGCAGCAUGCUGCGUUCUCCAGGUUGCUUUUAUCAUAUUCAUGCAGCCAGAGACAAAAGGAAAGAGUACAGAGGAGAUAAUCGAGAUAUUGUCCAAGAAGAAACCAAUCACAAUGCCGUCGAGAGUUUACCAAUACUUAGCCACAUUCAGCGGAAAUAUCGCCGCGAUUGCCUUUGGAAUCGUACUCGGUUGGGUAUCGCCCAUAGUUCCGGUUCUCCUGACAUCAGAAUCAGAUCUACCAUCUGGUCCAAUAACUAAGGAUGAGGCUUCGUGGAUUAAUUCACUCGGAUGCUUAGGUGGGAUAAUUGGAAAUGUGAUUUUUGGCGUUUUGGUUGAUAGAAUCGGAAGGAAGUGGUCAGUGUUGGCCUUGGUGCUUCCUCUGUCUCUAUCCUUUAUCUUAAUCCUACUGGCUCAGGAUGCAAACUACCUCAUUGCUUCGAGGAUUAUUGGCGGAAUUGCAGGAGGUGGACUCUUUAUGGCGCUACCGAUUUAUAUCAAUGAAAUUAGUGAAGAUAAAGUUCGAGGUCGUCUAGGAGCUGCUCUGAUUGUCUCAGACAAUACCGGCAUUCUCAUUAGUUAUGUACUAGGAACCUACAUGACCAUUUCAACAUUCCCCUAUGUUGUCCUAGCUCUCAUUGCUGUGUUCGCGGGGACAUUCCUUUUCUUUCCGGAAACUCCUUACUAUCUACUUCUCAAGAAUCGCAUAGUUGAGGCCAAGAAAUCCCAAAUGUUCUUCCGUGGUGUGAAGCCCACGUCUAAAAGUGACUCAUUGGAGGUGCUGGACAUCGAAUUCGAGAAGAUGCGGAGUGUCGUUAAGGGAACAAAUAAAAAAGAUUCCAUAACAAUUCAGGAUUUAACGUCUAAGACAACGAUGCGCGCGGUUCUUAUCAGUCUGGUGCUGCUGAUGGGGACGGACCUUUCCGGUGUCUUUGCAAUUGUAACGUAUACAACGAGCAUUUUUCAAGAAGCCGGCUCUGAUCUCAGCCCAAAUGUGUCUGCCAUUAUUGUUGCGGCCAUUCAGGUGAUUGGAUCCAUCAUAUCAUCCUGGCUUGUGGAUCGCGCCGGAAGGAAGGUACUUCUUAUUGUUUCUGCAACCGGGACAGCCCUUUGCAAUACUGCCCUAGGCGGUCAUUUAUUCCUGAAAGCUUCAGGUGUUGAUAUGUCGUCGUAUGGAUGGUUACCCCUGGCAGCCCUCUCUGGGGCCGUCUUUAUUGCCAACAUUGGGGUCAACAAUCUUCCCUUUUUCAUCUUUGCCGAAUUUCUUCCGCCAAAAAUUCUCGGCUUCCUCGCCACGGGCUUCCUACUCAUCUCGUGGAUGAUUGCCUUCCUUGUGAUCUUGUACUAUACAUAUGUCGUCGAAGCUUUCGGCAUCUAUACAUGCUAUUGGUUUUUCGCCGCGUUCUGCUUCUUUGAGGCGCUUUUUGUGCUUUUCGUCGUGCCCGAGACAAAAGGCAAAAGCUUUGAAGCUAUCCAAGAAGCUCUCGCGGGUAAAAGACGCAAACCCACACCCACAGUGUAUACCAUAAAUUAAUUUUUUUCGCGUAGUCCGCGUAUACUAUGUCUAAGAAAAUAAAUUAUUUUCUUAAUCA